AUGGACUACAACCUCUCAAUAGAGGUCUUUGGACCCGGCACCAACCCCAACUUCCGAUCUCACUGGGGCUUUAUGAUCAACAAGCCCGGCAACCUGGAAUUCGGCGAUCUGCUGCAGGUCGAGGUCAUCGACGCGAACAAGCUGUGGUACGGAUUUGCCCCACGCUAUGCAACGAAGAUCAUCGAUAAAGCUGCAGUGGGAAUGUGCAAAAUUACAAACCUGACGUCCGAGCAACGACGCCAAGCCAUCACAAUUAUUGAAAAGGAGCCUGCUCCGAGGAAUGGAAUUGGGAGGUGUCAAGAUUGGAUGUUCGAUGCUCUCAUCUCGCUGGAGAUCGAAGAGCUUGUUCCGCCAGGGACUUCUGAGUUUUGGAAGGGAAUGGUUGGGAGAUCGGCCCAGGAGGUCGCUGCAGCGUGUGGAAAUCAGUGGACGGCCUUUUGA